ACCACAAAAACAAUCCUGGACGGACUGAUUAGUGUGAAAAGAUGUUCAAUAUUAUGUUAUUUUAAGAAUUAUUGAAUGCUGAAACACCUAUAUAUUGAUGUUUUAACAACUGAAUUGGUUUUUAUCAGUACGAUCUGGUGCAACAGGCCCUGUAUGAACAUUCAGAUUUUGGCCCAAAAUGGAAAUGAGUUUGAUGCCCUGAUAUUUGGGAUAAAAACGACUGAAUCAUGGACUAUUUUGAAUGUAAACAAGAAUAGAGAGAGAUAUUUGGUGGUGGAAUGAUGUCACACCACCAGCAAAGGAAGACUCUGUGAUGUCACUGGCGAUUCAGUCUGUGAUGUCAUCAACUGCAGAAUUGUAUGCAACACAAUUCUGCAUAUUUUUCAUUGCUUGCAAUAUCACUGACCAGUUCAGACGUGCGCAAAGCUCUUUCAGGUAGUUUACCAAUCGACAACUUUAGUGAUUGUAUUUAGGAGGAAAUGUCUCAUUAUACGCCGAGAUACCGCAGUGGAACGAUGGGACCCCACGCGAGAAGGGGAGUCCAGCAAAACCCCCAAGGCAGGUUCCCUCCUGCACACCCGAGAAUCUUUCACGGGGAAAUCCAAGAACUCAGCUACGCCCUGGAAAUGGAGAGAGCCGGGAGGGUUGAAGACAACCAGAAACUGGCCCACCUGGAGGCCGAGCUGGAAGAGACGAAACUCCAGUUAAAGAAGCAGAAAGCUCUCAAAGAAACGUUUAUCAACCAGGCCAAGGAGGCAAAGAGGGAACUUGAGAGACUAGAGAAGUUCAGCGAUCCAGCAUUCCUUAACGCUGCAGCCAUUGCUUCCAAGGUUCACAACGAUGUGAAGUACAUGAAGAAGAAGAACUUGCAACAAGACUUUGAGGAGUUAAAGGUGGCCCACCUCCUCAGCCGGGAGGCGUUUGUAGCUGAAAUACAGGCUGAGAGAAAGAAAAGUCUGGCCCUCCAAGAAGAACUGAACCAACUCCAGACUUCAUACGAGGAGCUGCGUUCCCAGUAUGAAGCAGAUGAUGCUCUGCUGAGGCAGGAGGCCGAGUCACAAACGUAUGAUGAAGCGAGGCUCAGUGAGGAACAACGGCUGCUGGAGAACUUGAGAGCUGAAAAGGAUGAAAUGUUUCAAGAAAUGUCCCAAACGAUCACAUUCCUGCAAGGCAGCGAGAAACAUCUGCAGGAGGAAUUAACUCAGCUCAAAUGUUCAUACAAUGAGCUCAACUGUAGAUACGAAAGGGAUGUUUCUGGAUUAAAGCAAGACGUGGAUAGAUAUCAGGAAGAAGUGAGACAUGAGAAAGACGCCAACAUAGAAAGAGACAACGAGAAUCUGCAGCUCAUCAACAAGCUGAGAGCUGAAAAGGAGGAGCUCCUCCAGAAAAUGUCAGGAGAAAUCUCAAUUCGGCAAAAGAGGGAGAAGCAGAUGCUGCAUGAACUGGAUCAGGUUCACAUUUUCUACGAGGAGCUAAAAUGUAGAUAUGAAAGAGACAUUAUGGAUAUACAGCAGCAGGUUGAGACAUACGAACAGAAGGUAAAGCAGGAGGAAGCGGCUCUUUCAAACAAAGAAAAGAAAGUAAAGCUUAUCCAAGAGAGAAAACAUUCUGCGCUGAAACAAGAAGUCGAAAAACUUCAGCAGCAGGUAGAGCAGGAGAGAAAAGCUCACCUGGAGAAAACAGAGGAGGACAAGAAGCUUCUAGACAAUAUGAGAGCUGAGAAGGAGGAGCUCUUCCUAAAAAUGUCAGGAGAAAUCACUAUUCUUCAAAAGAGAGAGAAGCAGAUGCUGAACGAACUGGAUCAGGUUCACGUUUCGCACGAGGAGAUAAAACGUAGAUUUGAAAGAGACAAUAUGGAUUUACAGCAGGAGGUUGAGACAUACAAGCAGCAGGUUGAGCAGGAGAGAAAAGCUCACCUGGAGCAAUCAGAGGAGGACAAGAAGCUUCUGGACCAGCUGAGAGCUGAAUAUGCCAUCCUCCAAGAAAUCACAACAACAGAGAAUAAAAUCCUGCAAGACAAGGAAAGGAGUGCCAAGGCUGAGCUGGAGAAUGUUAGCGGUUUGUACAUGGAGCUAAACAGUCGGUUUGAAACCGAAGUCACUGCAUUAAAACACCAAGCAGAAAAACACCAGGAGGAGCUCAUUUGUGUGACAAAUGAUUUACAAAGAGCGAGAGACGAUCUACUGCUGGCCGAAACUCUGAGAGCCGAGGAAGAAGGUUUCCAACAACAACCCAUCACAGUUUCCCAAGAGAAGGAAGAAAACUCACAGAACCAAGUUAAAGUCUUAAAUCAAGAGGUUUCUUCAGAGGAGGAUCUCUCAGGAGAACCUCUACCAGGUUCUUCCACGGAUCCAGAAUCCUCAGAAGAGACCGAGGUCGCUGGAGAAACCAUCCUGGAGGAUUUGGACAAUCCAGAUGGUAAAAAGAAAAAGUCUAAAAUUUUAUUUUGGAAGAAAGUACGAAACACUCUGCGAUGGAAGAAGCCAAAAAAGAAACAAACGAGUGAAGACAAUCAAGAACGUGUCUAAAGUUCUUGAUUUUGAUAUUUAGAGAAGGAGAAAGACGUGCAGGAGACGAACCGAGGACUGGAAUCAAACGCAUGGAGGUUGUAGCCUCUGUGAACGGGGCGCCAUGCCACGCUCCGUCAAGACCAAAUUCAAAAAGUUUUUCCCCCCAUUGACAAACUAGAAAAUAGAUCCCUUCCCAACCCAAUUGGAAAAAACGUGGGCAGCACGGUGGUGCAGCGGUUAGCGCUGCGUCUUCACAGACACCAUCUGUGUGGAGUUUGCAUGUUCUCCCCGUGUUUGCGUGGGUUUUCUCCGGGUGCUCCGGUUUCCCCCCACAUCUCCUAAAACAUGUAGGCCAGGUCAGUUGGUCACUGCAAAUUGCCCCCAAAGAUUUGAAGAAACCCCAAACACAUGUGCAGCUUUAUUGUUAA